AAAAAAAUUUAAAUUAAAAAAAAAAUUAACAUAAUUCAUUGCAUAUCCACCAUCUGACAAAUAGUGCAUUUAUGACAACAUACAGAAUCACCUUGCACCAAGAAUGAAGUCAUAAAGUUCCCAACAUGUGAAACACUUUGCUGAUUGGUCCAUGUGUACUAAUAUAUUUGCUCAAAUUAGCCCUAAAAUAAAGUAUUUAACACAAUCAAUUAAUCUGAGUAAAAAUCUUAUUUUCCUUGUACAUGCAUACAUAUAUCUCCACUAACACAAACUAAUAUACGGGCCCGCGUUCGAUUUUUUUUUUUAAUUUAAUUUUAAAAAAAAAAAAAAAAAAAAAAACCCUUCUUUAAAUUCACCCCCUUGACACACUUUGAUUCACAGACAAAGAGAGAACACACAUUAAAAGGGAAAAAGAAAAAUUUCUUAGUACUCUGUAAGAAAAAUGUUCUCUACACUAUCUCACAUCUUCUUCAAGAAACAAACUUUUUCCUUUCUUGGAUUAAUUUUCUGUCUAAGUUUCAUGAUUAACAAGGAGCAUCUUUGUUCAUCUAACCACCCUUUUCUCACCCCACUAACCGUAAAUUCAUCGUUGGCUAAUAUGAAAUUCGACGGUCGUUUAUCGUUCACGAACGUCGAGCAUGCAGCAAACGACUUUGGCAAUAGACACCAUCUAAUGCCGUCGGCCGUUUUGAACCCUAAAUCAAUUUCCGAUAUUUCUUCCAUCGUAAAAUAUGUUUUCGAUUUAGGCCUAGAUUCUGAACUCACGGUGGCCGCUAGGGGCCACGGGCACUCUUUAGAAGGCCAAGCACAGGCUUAUAAAGGUGUUGUAAUAAAAAUGGAAUCUUUAAGGGUACCUGAGAUGAGUUUUCAGACAGGCAAACGGCCCUAUGUAGACGUCUCGGCUGGCGAGCUUUGGAUAAAUAUUCUGCAUGAGAGUGUUAAAAAGGGUUUAGCGCCUAAAUCUUGGACCGACUAUCUUCACCUCACAGUCGGCGGGACUUUAUCGAACGCUGGAAUUAGCGGGCAAGCUUUCCGACAUGGCCCGCAGAUUAAUAAUGUCUACCGAUUACAAGUUGUCACUGGCAGAGGAGAAGUGGCGACUUGUUCGGAGGAGCAGAACAGCGAUCUGUUUCAUGCUGUUCUUGGAGGAUUAGGACAGUUUGGAAUCAUUACACAGGCUAGAAUCGCCUUAGAACCUGCCCCGAAAAUGGUUAAAUGGAUCAGAGCACUUUACGCAGACUUUUCGACAUUCGCCGAGGAUCAAGAGCGAAUAAUAUCUUCCGCAAAUUCAUUCGAUUAUGUAGAAGGGUUCGUCAUUAUAAACAGAACUGGCUUAUUAAACAACUGGAGAUCGUCUUUCAACCCGAAAGAUCCUGUUCAGGCGAACGAGUUCACUUCCGAAGGCAAGAUUCUGUUUUGCCUGGAAGUUGCAAAAUACUACAAUCCCGAAGAAUCCGACAAUCACAUUAAUCAGGAAAUCGAUACCCUCUUAUCGGAACUGAACUACAUCAAGUCCACUCUUUUUCUGUCGGAAGUUUCUUACAUCGAUUUUCUUGACCGCGUCCACGUGUCCGAAAUAAAACUAAGGGAAAAGGGUUUGUGGGAUGUUCCUCACCCAUGGCUAAACCUUCUCGUUCCAAAAAGAAGUAUUCACGAUUUUGCCCACAAAGUUUUCGGCAACAUUCUCAAAGAUACAAGCAAUGGCCCUGUCCUAAUCUACCCUGUCAACAAAUCAAAAUGGAAACACAGGACAUCCUUAAUCACACCCGACGAAGAUGUUUUCUACCUAGUGGCAUUUCUAUCUUCGGCAAUGCCUUCUUCCACCGGAAAAGACGGGCUAGAACAUAUUCUAACACAGAACAAGAAAAUCCUGAGUUAUUGCGGUGGGCCCCACCUCGGAAUUAAACAGUACUUACCUCAUUACACCACUCGAGAAGAGUGGAAAGCUCACUUCGGCGAUCAAUGGGAAGUUUUCUGCCGGAGAAAAUCGAGUUACGACCCCUUGGCAAUCCUAGCUCCUGGACAAAGAAUAUUCCAAAGGAAAAAAGCUUUCGCACUACAGUGAUUAAAAAAGCCGAAAUAUUAUCGCUUAAUAUAUAUAUAUAUAAGAGCUCUAAGAAGAUAGGCAAACGCCACUUUUAAGUGUAAAUACUUCUAGAAUGUUUUGUACUU